AUGAUAACAAAUACCAUUCAAGCACAAUAUGGAGGUUCUUCUACAAGUUCUCUCACAUAUUCAAAACCCUACACAAAGCACAUUGACAACAUGAGAAUGCCAAAUGGGUAUCAACCUCCCAAGUUCUUGCAGUUUGAUGGCAAAGGAAAUCCUAAGCAACACAUUGCUCACUUUAUAGAAACUUGUGAGAACGCAGGGACUCAAGGAGGUCUCCUUGUAAAGCAAUUUGUCCGUUCACUUAAGGGAAAUGCCUUUGAUUGGUAUACAGACUUAGUACCUGAGUUAAUCGACAGUUGGGAGCAACUCACAAGAGAAUUUCUAGACCGAUUCUAUAGCACGCGUCGCAUGAUGAGCAUGAUGGAGCUUACUAAUACCAAGCAAUGGGAAAAUGAGCCAGUGGUCGAUUAUAUCAAUCGAUGGCGUUCUUUGAGUCUAGAUUGCAAGGAUAGACUUUCUGAAAUAUCUGCUGUAGAGAUGUGCAUCCAAGGCAUGCAUUGGGGACUUCUUUACACCCUUCAAGGGAUAAAGCCGCGAACAUUUGAAGAGUUAGCAACUCGUGCGCAUGACAUGGAAUUGAGUAUCUCUAGCCAUGGAUGUACAAACCUUCCCAUACUUGAGGAAAGCAAAAAGGAAGUAAGAAAGAAUGAUAGGAAUGCAAAAGCCAACCUCAAAGACCCAAUGGUUGUUAACACUGCUGUAGUUAAGAUUCCAAGAAAAGGAGCAAAGGCAAAUGAAGAACAGCUUGAAGGGUGGCAAAAGAAUGAAGUGCGUCGCCUGACCUUUAAGGAACGUGAGAAAAAAGUAUAUCCGUUCCCCGAUGAAGAUGUGCCAAACAUCUUAAAACAACUAUUGCAAUUGAAGCUAAUUGACUUGCUAGAAUGCAGGCAAAUAGAAGACAUGGGGAAAGUUGAUGACUCUAACUACUGCAAAUAUCAUCGCAUCAUUGGCCAUCCAAUACAAAAAUGCUUCGUCUUCAAAGAACAAAUCAUGAAGCUUGCCAAAGAAAACAAGAUUGAUUUAGACUUCAAUGAAGUUGUCGGGUCAAACUAUGUGACCGUUGCUUAUGAUGUACUUCCAACUCUCAAGCAGGGGGCAGACACUAACCAAGCUCACAAGUUGAUCAACAAUGAUGAUGCAAGGAUCGGCCCCAUCAAUGGGGAGUUCCUCAAACGCUUCUAUGCUUGA